UGGUAAGCUCACUUACCCUUCCAGCCCCCUCAUCUGUGAACUGGUGGCAGGAAUAAGGCCCUCACAGAACUGUGUGGCAUGUGUAGGGCACUCCAUGCAAUACCUGAGCGUGGCUGGUGACCAGGGAGCCACCUUCCCCCGUCUCCUCGACUGAACGAAUAAAGUUGCCAAGUCCAGCCUGGAAGCUGUGGAUGCUCCAGAGAAAAACUGUUGGGAUCUAAGCCCUGGAGACACUGUGGGGUCUUGGAGUCUUGCGGUGGGGUUCGGGGGUCACAGGUAGUACCGGCAGCAGGAUGGGGAUUCCCUCCUACCACAGUUUACGGUGGGUGCCUGUGAUUAGGUGAAGCAAUGCGCUGGGCGGGGGAGCUGCUCAAAGGGUGGGAGUGUGGGAGAGCAGAGGAGAGGGCAGACACGUGGGAGGGAGGUGCCAGAGCAUAGAGGCGGGCGAGGAGGGGCGGGUGAGGGGUAGCUGGGCUGGAAAGGAAGGAAGGGGAGGCUGGGGGUCACGGCUGGCCAUUGGGGAGGGGCCAGCAGGGUCCUUCAUGCAUGUUCCUUUUUGGCUGGCGGUGUGCCCUCCCCUUUUACAGAUGAGUAAACUGAGGUCCAGAGGCUCAUAGACUAAAGGACUACCUAUGCCAUGCAGCUUGUACGGAGCAGAGCAGGGAUUCAAGCUGCUACCUGCUCGUUUCAUGGCGCCGCCAGUUCACCUCCUCCAGCUCCAUCGAGGGCUCCUGUGGCAUCGGCGGCGGCUCCAACCUCGGGUCUUCCGUCAUGGCCGGAGGCUCCUGCCGGGCCCCCAGCGCCAACAGGCCCCCAGGGGCCCGUCUGUCUCCUCCUCCCGCUACUCCUCCGGGGGUGUCUGCGGGCUGUGGGGCGGCUAUGGUGGCAGCUUCAGCAGCAGCAGCAGCUUUGGUGGGGCCCUGGGUAGCAUCUUCGUUGGAGGAUAUGGUGGUGGCCUUGGCGUCUGCCUCAGUGGUGGCAAUGGUGGCCUCCUCUCUGGCAACGAGAAGGUCACCAUGCAGAACCUCAACGACCUCCUGGCCUCCUACCUGGAGAAGGUGCGCGCCCUGGAGGAGGCCGACACGGAGCUGGAGGUGAAGAUCCGCGACUGGUACCAGAAGCAGAGGCCCAGGCCUGCCUGCGACUACAGCCCCUACUUCAAGACCAUCGAGGACCUGCGGGGCCAGGUGGCGUGGCCAGGGAGACUGAGGCCCGCUUUUGAGGAGUGGCCAUGGACUACUCAGAAUUGGUGGCGGAGGGGUCCCUUUUUAGCAUCAGCGUAUCUGAGCUGGACCUGGUACCCUGAAUCUCUUACUCCCUGCAAGCAUUCUUUGGAUCAGCUUCUCUCCAAAGUAAGAUGGGGCCCAGGAUGGGGUGGCGGAUACGUGGGUGCAUCCCCUGCACAUGCUGAGCUGGGUGGAGAAGGCACCCUAGGCUGUCUGGGGGAGAGUAAAGACUGACCUGCCAGCCAGAUAACCCCAAGUAUGGUGAGGCUCCUUUCUCCCCUCUUUGCUAUUCACCCCUGAGCAGCAGGGCCUUGGCUAACCAGACCUGUCCUUCAUCCCCUCUGCAGAUCUUUGAGGCCACAAUAGAGAAUACACAGCCUCUUCUUUUUUUUUUUUUUUUUUUU